AUGUCGAACGAUCGCACAUCCCCUAUCUCGGUCCCCAAUUCGGAGAACCGCCAGCGUCGAGGUUCCAUCGCCGACCUUUUCUCCCGGUCAAAUGUCAAUCAGACACCCCAGAACCAGACCAACCAGAGUACCCAGGCCAAUCAGGCCAAUCAACGCCGCAUGUCCAUCACCACCCUAGGUCUCUCUGGCUCCCCCACCCAAACCAAUACCUUUGGGGCUCGCAACGGCAGCCUCCGCCGAGGCAGCCUCUCCAGCUCGAUCGGAUCCAUCCCCAACGAGGACGCUUUCGCGAGACGGGUCUCCUUUGGGGCCCAAGCCCUGCGUGAUGCUCGCGGAGGAUCCAUUGGCAAUGGUAGAAACCACCCCCCUCCCUCUGUUGUUGGACCAAGGCGGUCUCCCCCACCUGGCUCGGCCAUUGUGUCUACCCGCUCUCCCGCAAGUAUCUCAACCUCUCCUCAGGAUGAGAGAUCUAACGCAUCCCGCCAAAUCCUAGGCGAAGGCUUUAACUGGUCCGAGGCUCUCCGUCACCGUGCAGAGCGUGCCCCCUCCAUCAGCGGCCCCCCGCGCCAAACCGGCCACCAGCGUGCCUCCUCCAUUGCCUCCAUGGAGACCCCUAGCCGGGAGAUGCCCCGCCAGCCCAAGCAGAACAAGCCCGACUUUUUCCAGGAGAAAAUCCUGAGAGGUGACUUCAUGGAUUAG